UCAGGGCGACUAAUUCACUCACAUGGCAUGCAAGAGGUCGGUCAACCACCACCACCACAGACAGACGAUACAAUACAUGGAUCAUCCACGAGGAGUGGCGAUCGUGAGGUACAAGCCAUCAUCCAUCAGACCGAUCCACACACCAGACCUAACACACACAACGGAGCACCUACGAUGCGUAUCAGUGCCACACACUCUCCCCUCCGCAGGUCGCCUGCCUCACCGUUUUUGGAUGUCUCAUUGCGCGAGUCCCCACACCUCAAUCUCGCUCGCGGUGAAGAAGAAGUCGCCCGCCAAAGUGCCCUUGCCGCCCGCAACCACCCGCCCUUGGUAGCCCACUUGCAAGUGGUCCUUGCUGACGCACAUGGCGCAGCUACUGAGGUCGGCUGCCGGGCCGGGGUCCGCAUACCCCAGCCACAGCACGGCUGUAUCCCGCACAUCAAUGGCCAGCUUACCGACUGGCUCCCCAUCCUUGCUCGUCACCGCUCCCUGCCGCCCAGCGACUAUCACACCCCGCCUCCGCUCGACCGGCAUGUUGAGCUUCGUGGGUGCGUCAUAUGCCCCGCUGAUGCUGUAGUAGGUCACGGGGCACGAAGUGGCCUUCUCCUGUGUGGGGUCGGCGGGCUGUGCCAGGGGGCCGGCCACGAAGGCUGCGAAUCGGUGUGUGUCGCUGUGCUGCACGAGGAACAGCAGACCGCUGGCGUCGCCGACACAGUCGAGGAGACUGCCGUAGCCAAAACCGUCGCGGCUCGACCUGUCGUAAACAAAACAUCCAUAGCAGCGUAGCAGAGACAUUCACACGUGCCUUCCUGUGCCUCCUCACUUGUAGAGGAGAGAUGGCGUCUUGCCCGUCCGCCCCGUGAACUCCACUACCGACGCCAGCUGGUCCUCCGAUGUGAUGAUGAGGCCGCCACCCGCGCCCCAUCGGUAGAAGGGCUGGUCCUUGAGGCCGUACUGACACACACAAUAUCGACACAGGCCAGAUAACACCCACCCACCCGAAAAGCACCCACCCAAACUCACCAUCUGCAAGUCCUCUACAAACAGCUCCCUCUCGCCGUCCUCCACUGCGGGCGGGCCGACCCUCUGGCCGGCGGCCAUGACAGCCUGGCGCCUCGCAAAAUCCACAAUACACUGCAGGUGCUCGGCGGACGUCUGACGCACACUGCGAUCGAUCCAAUACGUCCUGCAGCAAUAACACAGAGGAGCACACCCUGGCCACGCCCGUUGUCGUGCCUUCCCCCUGUUUCGAUGCUUACGGUGAGAAUCUACUGUAUAGUGUGUUGUUGGGGCCGAGAGGCGACAGUGUGCGGCGCAUGACCGACACCCUGUCCCCGUGGAUGGUGACGCUGAGCACCUCGUCCUCCUCGCUAUCGUCCGUCUUCAUGAACGGCUCCAUCGCACGCAGGAACGCCGCCAUGCGCUCCUUCUCCGCCUUGAGGGCCUCGUACACACGCUCGUACGCACGACGGCUCUCGUCAAACGCCUUGAACAGGUCCGCAACAUCCCCCUGCCCCUGCCCCUCCCCUUCUCCCAUCUGCACAUCGCCACCGCCACCGCCGUUGCUGUCGUCAUCACUGCUGCUGCCGACCUCGCGCGUGAAGAGGGCGUGGUACUCGGCAUACGAUGGGUCGUCGGCCUUGAUGCCCGUCAGCUCGACGGUCUCCUUGCGGCCCCGCUCGACGAAGGUGAGUUCGUUAAGGAGCCAGCGGAAGUAUGCCGGGCAGCUCUCGAGGUAUGGGAGCUUCUCUGCGUCGCGGGGCAGGGCGGCGUCGAAGCGCAGCAGCAGUACAGACAGGUACUUGCGCACUAUCGACGGACGCAUCAGUGCCGCACGGGACACCUCGAAGACGGUGCCACCGACGUUGAGAAUGAGUGUGCCGCUGGUGUGCUGAGGCUCGGAAGUGCCGCCCUUCUCGCUAAUCAUCUGCUGCAUUUCCUCUGCUAUCGCCUUGAUCUUGCCCUCUGCUGCCGUCCGCGCCGCCAGAGCCCCUCGCACACUGUCCUCAAGUGCCGAUUGCGCAUUGCAGACCAGCUGGUUGGCUUCG